UGACCAUGCAUGAUCAUGCUCAGGUCACGAUCCUUGGCCUUCGCAUUCUGCUUGAACUCGAUCGAAGCAAGAGUAAAAUUAAUAAGCUGGGAACUUAUAACUGAUCGAAGGUGCAGACAGUAAGAAAAAGAACACAGCUACAGAUCAGACAGUCAGUAUCUGAAGGAGAUAACGAAAGGCUAAAUUUUAUGAGUUCUUGACAGACCCUUCUAGGCUCAUGAUUGUAAGUCUACCAAGUAACAUAGUUGAUACAGCGUCUCGUACUGCUGCUUACCGAGUUUACUGGUUGAGGAACUACUUGUACCGAUACACAAGUCAAGCCUAGGAGUUGCAAUAAAUCAAGCAUGGCACGUAACCAUUGGUCGCAUGCAUUGGCAAGCGUAGUCAAAGACAAGAAGAUGUGCGUGGAAGAAGAUAGCCGAACCGUGACCAUUAAGGAUGGCUACCCCAAAGCCAAACAUCACUACCUAGUUCUGCCGACACCCGUGCAAACACGUGGAGUUGCCAGUCUGGACAAAACGGAUGUGGCAUUGGUGCAGCACAUGUUGCGGCGCGGGGAAGAACUGGCUGACCGACUGACAGCCAAGGAGCCUAGUGUAAAGUUCCACUUUGGCUUUCACUCCAUUCCCAGUAUGGUGCAUCUUCACAUGCAUAUGAUCAGCCAGGACUUUGAUUCGCCGAAACUGAAGAAUAAGAAACACUGGAAUUCGUUUACGACUGAAUUCUUCCUGGAUGCAGAGGAAGUCAUUGAGCAGCUGAAACGUGAUCGCAAAGUCACCGUCAAUAAACAGGAGGCCGAAGAUUUGCUGAAGCAAGACCUGACCUGCCCACGUUGCAAAGCUGUUGUGUCGAAUUUACCACGCAUGAAAGAUCAUUAUGCACGGUGCAAGGCAAGCCCAUAGUUGCAGCUAUGACCACCGCUAGUGCAGCUUUGAACUUCCUAAUGCAAACACUGCAUCAUACGUACAUGCAGUGCACUAGUGUUCACCAUCUACAUCCACGUCUUAUCUUUCUUUCUUUUCAUUCUAUUUUUAACACUUUGUUGUGCCUGUCUAACAUUGUGUGUAGUGCAACACGUUCCUUACUCUAACAGUACAGCUGCCAGCGUACUGCUCACAACAGUCUGUCCCCACGAAAUUGUAAUCUAGUACAGUCUGACUCUUCUCUUGAUGUAUUGCCAGGGAGUGGGAGUCAUGUUGUACUGCUUCCUGGUAACACGCAGCAGAGUCACACGCCCAAGAACGUCAUUUCCGGGGUCUGGCUGGGACAUUCUUUUCUAUUUUCUUUUUGCGCAAUCUGGCUGUGCUCCUAUAGCACGUUCUUAGACCGAAGUCGAACUUGAUUGUAUUACCGUAUUAUCUCCAUUAUAAGCCCAGCGCUUAUAUUUUUUCAACCAGUCCGGACCCGGGCUUAUAUUAGAGACUGGGCUUAUAAUUUUUAAACCAUCUGGUACAUGCACAUAAAUUGACAUAAUACAGUACGUUGCUUAUUAUUUUUCAUAAUAUCAGUAGCACAAAGUUCCCCAGCAGUUACCGGGACUGCAGUUCUGA